AUGUUCGAGGAGAAGGAGAAGUAUAAACCUAAUUUGGACCCAGUUCCAGAACUCCCACACAGCACAGAUCUAGAGCUCCCACACAAGAACACAACAAAGUCAUGGAACAGAAUGAAAUCAUUGAUCGUAUUACAGAAAAGAAUGAAAUCAUUGAUGAAGCCAACGCCACUGGCUCGAGAUGACAUUGCGCUAGCUAGCUUACUUAAAGUUAUUGGUGCCCCGUUGACUCCCGCUUUUCUUAGUUCCAACAACAAUGCCGAUCAACAACCUAGCGAAGGCAAUUCGGCUAAAUACAUUGUGAAGCAAUACGUGGCAGCAGUGGGCGGAGAGAGAGCUUUGUCAUCAUCGGACAACUUGUGUGCGAAGGGCAAUGUGAAGAUCACAAUGUCAAACGGGAAGAGAGGAAGCUCGAAGUUCGUCGGCGGUGACAGCGAACAUGGUAUGCCGAGGUUUGAGCUUUGGCAAAAGAGGGAGCUAUGGUGCAUGGACCUAAUGUUGUCUGCUGGUUACAAAGUUUGCAUGGGAAGUGAUGGCAAGGCGCCUCUGCCUUGGCAUCACACAUACGCUUAUCAAGUCCCGCCUCUUCCCCUUGGACAUCUGCUUCAGGGUCUUAAUCCAUGUUCAUCAGCAAAUUUAUUCAGCAACUCCGAUCGUUUAGGGGACAAACCAGUGAACAAGGAGGACUGCUUCAGACUAGAGGUAGCGGUUAAACCUUCAAUACUAAGCAGCAGCAACGUACAGAUAGUGCGACACACCAUUUUUGGCUACUUCAGCCAGAAGACAGGCCUCUUGGUGAAGCUAGAAGACUCUCGCCAGCUAAGGCUGACAGCUUUGGGAAAGCAUAGUGAUUGGAAAUCAACAAUGGAGUCGUACUUCCAAGAUUACAGAGCCAACGACGGCGUGAACAUUGCACACAGGGUUAGCACUUACUUGUCGUUGCGAGGGGAGAGCUUGGAAGGCCAUUCCCUGAGGAGAAAAAUGAAGUUGAUUUGGAAACUUGAAGAAGUAGGUCUUGACAUUAAGGGGUUGUCAAUUGAGUGCUUCUUGCCUCCUAAUGAUUUGGAAACAGAGGAAGAAUGCUGCGGGGUGAUGAUGUCUAGUCCUGGUGCAAAAUCAACAUCUAGGAUACGAUCUACUUCUCUGAGAUUUCAAGCUACCAAAAUUAUACCCAUUGAUGACUCUGAUCGUGAUCUAAAAGGUAGCGACAUUAGUGACGAGGAUGAUUGGUGA